AGUUUGACUUUCCAUCCAUUCUUCGUUGUGAAGCGACCACCAGAAAACUGUAUUGCCUUUCGAGUACUAAACGUGCAGCUUCUAAAGGACGCUAUUAGUAGCUAGUACUGAUGUUCAGGCUUGGGAGAAGUUGAUUCCGGUCACUCAGCGUUCCGUACCAGGAAUGUGAUCUCAUGAAUGAAGCGCAUCAAAACGACAUGGAGGCAGGAGAUCGACUGGUGGGUUCCCUCACACUUUGUGGCGUGGCUAGGAUGAUGAAGGACAGUCGCUCGCGAGCGGGCCACUUGCUGUCCAUCUACAAUCCAGAUCAGACUGUUCGAUCUUUCUGGCACUGUCGUUGCACUGAUGUCACCUACAAACUUGUCGACUAUCAACUCUCUGAUCCGACGUCAAGUUGGGACGAGGAGGUGCGUGACCAUGAAAAUGCAUACGGCGACUGUGCCGACAAUGACUUUAGUCUGCCAGAGGUGGGCCUUUACGACCACGAGUGCCUGAAAGACUUCCACACCUUCCUGGUCAUCCACUACCAGAUAGCGGCCGACACGAGAAUCUGGAUGCGGGGCGCGCACUUUGCCAAAGGUACCGAGUGUAGCGUGUUCGACGGAUCACAGGUGAUCAGCAACUAUAACUGCUCAUGGCCCAAUGCAUACGUAUGCCAGGGCGAGGACUCACAAAAACAGCCUUUCAAUUCAUUUGAUGAAGCCCCAGCAGCACCUGAUGUAGAGAUCACGCCUGCAGACACAGCGGUGUACGUUGCGUUUGUCAACGACACCGCCUGUCACGAGAAUUGCGUGACAGUUACGACGAUGAAUCAGACUGGAACUCUCUCAAAGGAGGUAUGCAGCUCACACAGCGUUGUGCCGGUUUCCCAGUUGAAGAAACAGGCAACAUACACAAUCACCGCAUUCACCUUGGCAAUACGUCAGUCGUCUUCCUUGCUCUCCAACCGCACAUCACCCGUCACUGUCACUACACUUUCUGCUGGUAAGAACUCUGAACACAGGGAUAUUACACAAUGUCAUAACCAGUCCGGGUUGUAUGCCUGCACUGCAUCCCUGUUCAUUGUGUCUGAACUUUGGUAG